GCCACCCUGUCAUACCACGCCACCUCAGCAGAACGGUCACCGCGCACUAACCCUAAUUUAGUAACAGAGGGUCGCCAACUCAGAACCCCGCAUAUAAAGGCCCCGACCAGCGCGCCUUGCCAACCCAUCGGAGAGUUCUCUGAACUCAUUUCGGAGUCGUCGGAGAAGAGAAAGCCGGAAGUUACGCUUUCGCCCUUCUGCCAUGGCUGUCUCCAGCUGUCCUAGGGUUUUUGCAGCGUUCGAGUGCCGUUCGGAUCCGGACUUCAGCCCCGGCGCCGGCGGUCCGCGCCCGGGGAAGCCGAGUUCCGCUCGAUUUUCCGGGAAGGCGAACUCCGGGUUGCGGUCGAUCUACGGUUCGUCCGGUGCCUCCGGCUUGUCUUCUCUGAUACUCCGGUUUCCUCCGAACUUCGUGCGGCAGCUCAGCACUAAGGCUCGGAGGAAUUGCAGCAACAUCGGCGUGGCACAAAUCGUUGCGGCUUCUUGGUCCAAUAGAUCAGCCAAUGGAUCAACACCUGCGGCGGCGGCGGCGGCUAAAGCUGUCGAUGCGUCCGCCGCCGCAGCCGCAGCCGCAGCUGCGGCGCCGGUUGAGGCCGUCGAUGAUGUAGCGGCGCAUGAUUGUUGUGACAGUAAUGGAAGUGUACAGUUUGUUGAGGGUUUGCCUGUUCCAAAGGAGGCUUCGUUUUUGAGCUGCGAUGGGAGCAUCGCAAUUCAUGCUGGUGAAAGACUAGGUCGCGGUAUGGUUACUGAUGCAAUAACUACCCCAGUUGUCAAUACUUCUGCCUACUUCUUCAAGAAAACUGCUGAACUCAUUGAUUUCAAGGAGGGACGCCAUAAGAGUUUUGAAUAUGGGCGUUAUGGAAAUCCAACUACAGUGGUCGUGGAGGAGAAGAUCAGUGCUCUUGAGGGGGCUGAAUCAACCAUCAUAAUGGCAUCCGGGAUGUGUGCCAGUACAGUUAUGUUGUUGGCAUUGGUCCCAGCUGGUGGGCAUAUUGUGACAACCACAGAUUGCUACAGGAAGACGAGAAUAUUUAUUGAGACAGUCCUCCCUAAAAUGGGAAUCAAGGCUACUGUCAUUGACCCUGCAGACGUGGAUGCCCUGAAAUCUGCCCUGGAUAACAAUAAUGUUACUCUUUUCUUCACAGAGAGUCCCACUAAUCCAUUCCUUCGAUGUGUUGACAUUCCGCUGGUUUCAGAACUUUGCCACAAAAAAGGAGCUUUGGUUUGCAUAGAUAGCACAUUUGCAACUCCUCUCAACCAGAAGGCCCUUGCCCUUGGGGCUGAUAUUGUUAUUCACUCUGCCACAAAAUAUAUUGCCGGCCAUAAUGAUGUCCUUGCAGGUUGCAUUAGUGGUUCUGAAAAGUUAGUAUCAGCAGUUCGUACUUUGCAUCAUAUUCUCGGUGGUGCUCUUAAUCCCAAUGCCGCAUAUCUGAUCAUCCGAGGCAUGAAGACACUGCAUCUUCGUGUACAGCAGCAGAAUUCAACAGCUUUGAGGAUGGCCGAGAUUUUAGAGGGACAUCCCAAGGUGAAGCACGUUUAUUAUCCAGGUUUGCCAAGUCAUCCUGAGCAUUCCCUUGCCAAGCGGCAGAUGACUGGUUUUGGUGGUGUGGUCAGUUUUGAGAUUGAUGGGGACUUGAUGACCACUUCCAAGUUCUGUGAUGCAUUGAAAAUCCCAUACAUAGCCCCCUCCUUUGGAGGCUGUGAGAGCAUUGUGGACCAGCCUGCAAUAAUGUCUUACUGGGACCUUAGCCAGUCCGAAAGAGCCAAGUUUGGGAUCAAGGACAACUUGGUUCGGUUCAGCUUUGGAGUUGAAGAAUUUGAUGAUUUGAAGGCUGAUGUCCUUCAGGCUUUGGAGUCUCUGUAGGGCGUGCUGCCCAAAUACUUUAGGCUUUGGAGUCCACAGUGUGCUACCAACAUCUUUUCUCUGCGUUUAUGUUUUGUUUUGAUCUUUAUUUCUCUGUGGUGCUUUAAAUGGUUGAUUAACAAAAAUAUUUUCUCUGCCCUUACUGGUGGAUCAAAUGAUCUGCUAAUGAAUUGUGCCCUCUCCCUGGGCUACAAUAAGUUACUCUAUUUUAUGUAUAAAAUUUGUGCCCCUAUGAUAUUGUGGUUUCGGUGCAA